AUGAGUGCCACAUCAGCCACGAGCUGUGCCUUGCCACCAGCGCUUGGGCCUGAGCAAGAGGAGCAAGAGAGCUCGGAGACACAUAUGUCUGUUCUGUGGUAUGCAGGGCAGCUGGCAAUUACUUACUAUGAUACAGAAGAUUGCUCAGUCUACUUCAUGCCUGACAUACCUGAUAACGAAGACCUCAAGCUACUGCAAAAAGUGAUUGGGGAACUUAACCCUCAAUGCAUAGUGACCAGUGCAAAACAGGACCAGAAUAUUGCCAAAUUCCUGACCAACCUAACAGCUACAGCUGGUGAUAAAGACAUAGGAAAACCAGAAAUUGUCCUGUUUCCCAACAUAGAUUUUGGUCUAGAAGUCAGCAAGCAACGGAUCCUGUCUAGGCAAUUUCCAUUUAUCCCAUCUCACAUGACUGCCACGGAGAAAAUUCUCUAUUUGUCCUCAAUCAUCCCUUUUGAGAGUCCACUCAUGAUACGAGCCUUAGGGGGGCUCCUUAAGUUUCUAGACAGAAGAAGGGUUGGAGUUGAACUUGAAGACAGCAGUAUAGCAGUUCCUAUUUUGGCCUUUAAAAAAUUUGUGAUGUCAGAUACUGUGAAUAUGGACCAAGACACUUACUGUGUCCUUCAGAUAUUUAAAAGUGAUAUCCAUCCUUCUGUGUACAAGCUAUCCAGUGGACUAAAAGAAGGAUUUAGCUUAUUUGGAAUUUUAAACCGUUGCAGAUGCAAAUGGGGAGAAAAACUGCUGAGGUUGUGGCUCACACGACCUACUCGGAACCUGACAGAGCUGAACAAACGGCUGGAUGUUAUCAACUUCUUCCUGCUAGCUCAGAACCAUGAAACAGUCCUCACUCUUCAAAACUGCCUCAAGAAUAUUAAAAAUGUGCCUCUUAUUUUAAAGAGAAUGACCCUUUCCAACACAAAAGUUAGUGACUGGCAAGCACUGUAUAAGACAGCGUACAAUGCAGUGUGCCUUAGAGACACGUGCCGUUCUCUGCCCAGCACUAUUGAACUUUUUCAGACUAUUUCACGUGUCUUCACUGAUGAUCUGCACUACAUUGCUAACCUGAUCAGCAAAGUGGUAGACUUUGAAGGCAGCCUCUCAGAGAACCGCUUCACUGUUAGACCCAAUGUAGAUGCCACGAUUGACGAGAAGAAACGAAAGCUGAUGGGACUGUCAGACUUUCUUACAGAAGUGGCACGAAAAGAACUGGAGACUUUGGACAAUCAUAUUCCCUCCUGUUGUGUAAUCUACAUUCCUUUGAUUGGGUUCCUUCUCUCCAUUCCACGCCUACCAAAUAUGGUGGAUAAGACUGACUUUGAAAUUGAAGGCUUGGACUUCAUGUUCUUGUCAGAAGAUAAACUGCACUACAGAAGUGCCCGGACCAAGGAGCUAGACAGCCUGCUAGGUGACUUGCACUGUGAAAUCAGAGACCAGGAAACACUCAUCAUGCACCAGCUGCAGACAAGGAUCUUGGAGAAGUCUGAAGUACUUAACAGUGUGAUUGAGUACACUGCGCACCUGGAUGUGCUGCUAGCCUUGGCAGCGAUGGCCCGGGAGAACGCCUAUUGCCGACCGCGCUUUACUCACCGCCACGGCUUCCACAUCAAGGACGGAAGACAUCCACUCAUGGAACUCUGUGCAAAGACUUUUGUGGCCAAUCCUGUGGACAGCGGCGAGGCUACCAGACGAAUAAAGAUCAUCACAGGGCCCAACUCUUCUGGAAAGAGUGUUUACUUAAAGCAAGUAGGUCUUAUAGUGUUCAUGGCUCUAAUUGGCAGUUACGUCCCUGCAGCAGAGGCAGAGAUUGGAGUAAUUGAUGGGAUUUACACAAGAAUCCACAGUAGGGAAUCAGUUUCUGUAGGGCUCUCCACGUUCAUGAUUGAUCUUAACCAGGUUGCCAAGGCUAUAAACAAUGCCACAGAGAGGUCCCUGGUACUUAUUGAUGAGUUUGGUAAAGGCACCAACACACUGGAUGGCCUGUCCCUUCUGGCUGCUGUCCUGAGGUACUGGAUCAGACAAGGAACACAGUGUCCACAGGUCUUUGUCUCCACUAAUUUUCACAGUUUAAUGCAGCUAGAACUCCUGCCUGACACACCUCUUGUGGAAUACCUGACUAUGGAGACCCAUCAGGAUGGAGAGGAGUUGAUAUUUUUCUACCAGAUCAAACAGGGCAUGUCCACCAUUAGUCAUGCUGCCAAUAUUGCUGCUUUAGCAGGAAUGCCAGCCAAAAUUAUUGAAAGAGGAGUGGAAGUAUCAGAACUGAUUCGCAAUGGAAAACCUAUCAAACGUCUUGAUCAUCCUUCAAAAUGUGAUAAGAUGGAAAAAUGCAAGUCUGUUGUGGAAAAGUUUCUUUCAAUAGACCUUGACGAUCCCCAAGUGGACUUGGAAGAGUUCAUGUCUAAAGAGGUGUUGCCUUCUGCAGCCUCAGUCCUGUAGCAAGGGUAUGUGUAAAUACAUAGACUGUAUCAUAUCUACCAUGGAGAGUCUGGUACUUUAAAGAAUGAUCACCAUGAUGUGACCCCUCACAGGACAUUUAGCUUGUAACAAACUGUUUGUUGUUACGUCCUUCCUUCUUCUUCUUGUUUAAACCAAGUACUUGCUUAUCCCUG